ACCGUCGCACGGCCAUUGCAAGUGCAUCUUUCCAUGUCCCGUUCCUGCAUGUAGUUCACUAAGCACUGUAGACCACGAAAGGAGUUUUGUUUUCGCGACCGCUGCCUCCGUUCUCAUCGUCAUAGCUAGGUAAUGGCAGCUCUGCAUCCUGACGAGCUCUGCGCGCGCGACGACCGACCGCAACGAUCAACUUCCGUCGCAUAGUUGUAGCUUCCACGAUGAAGCCUGUACAUGUUCCGCGGCCCGUCUGCUCGCGGGGCCUUGCUGCGCGCCAGUUCUCAACGACAGCGCGACGGCGUGUUGUAAAACCCAUCACCGACCUCCCCGACCGCGUAAAACCCUCCUUCGUCGAGCGCCCAAAUGCCACGCUGCUCUCGCUGCAGUGGCCGUCCCCGCCACGCAACAUCCUCAUAACGAAGAAAAAGCGCACCCCGGGCAUCACCGAGUCCCUCGUAGAAUACACCACCCACCUGUCCUCCACCUACCCCGGCAUCAACAUCAUCCUCGAGCCAGAAUCCGCUUCAGAGGUCCACGAAACGGUCCCAUUCCCAGUCUACACAUACGACCCCGCUCCGCCCAACGGCACGCCCGCGCAUCUUUCGGACAAAACCGACCUAGUCUGCACCCUCGGCGGCGAUGGCACCAUCCUCCGCGCGAGCAGUCUAUUCUCCCACGCGACUGCUGUCCCACCCGUACUGAGCUUCGCCAUGGGCACCAUCGGCUUCCUCGGCGAGUGGAAGUUCCGCGAGUACAAGCGGGCCUUCCGCGAAGUCUACAUGAGCGGCGCAAGCGACGCGUAUGCCCAACUCGAGGGCCCCGAACCCAGCACCACGCCCCCGGCGACAUCGAUACCCGUCUCGCCAGACGACCCGCUCGACAAGCCCCUCUCCUACGCCGACAUCAGGGGCAAAGCCAUGGGCUCGAACCGCACUGCCCGCGUCCUGCUCCGCAACCGCCUCAAGGUAGGCGUUUUUGGGCCCGACGGCACGCGCCUCAACAGCAACCUGGACCAAGACACGUACGCGCUCAACGAGAUCGUCGUGCACCGCGGCGCAUCCCCGCAUCUCAAGAUCGUCGACGUCUUCGUCGGCGGGAGAUUCCUGACCGAGGGCGUGGCCGACGGCAUGAUCAUCAGCUCGCCGACGGGGUCCACCGCCUACAGCCUCUCCAGCGGCGGCUCCAUCGUGCACCCGUUGGUGCCCUCGCUCCUGCUCACCCCGAUCUGCCCGCGCAGCCUGUCCUUCCGCCCGCUGGUACUCCCCGCCAACACGCCCAUCACACUACGCUUAGGAGAAAAGAACCGCGGGCGCGAAGUCGAAGUCUCCAUCGAUGGGAAGAGCAUCACAGGGGGCAUGGGCUUCGGCAUGGAAGUCCGCGUCCUGGGCGAGCAUGUCAAGUCUGAGGCGGGAGAGUGGGUGGGCGGCGUGCCGAGUAUUGUGCGCGGCACGGAUGGGAUUGGGAUGGAGCUCAAGGAGGAGGAUCACUGGGUAGGGGGGUUGAACGCGCUGCUGAAGUAUAACUAUCCGUUUGGGGAUCAGGAUACUUCGGAUGGUGGGGGUAGGGCAUGAUGUGUUGUAUAAAGGAGAUCGAGUGGGCAAGACGCUGUAAGAUAUGGAGUGGGACAGACGAUAUACCCCAGCAUUAGCAUAUGGUCAUGUGGU